UCAUCCGUGCGCGCCCCGAAGCACCCUGACAAGCCGCAUGGCUGCGGGCUCUGUUGAGUCUCAGCGGCCCAAGGCGGCCUCCGAGAGGCCCGUGGCGGGUCAGAUCGGGUUUCUGCCCUGCCUGGAGCUGCCGAGCUACGCCGCGGCGUGUGCGCUGGUGAGCAGCCGCUAUUCCUGCUUGGUGGCCGCCCCGCACCGCAGGCACAUCGCCCUGUCGCCCCGCUACCUGAGCCGGAAGCGCACGGGCAUCCGCGAGCAGCUGGACGCCGAGCUCCUGCGCUACUCCGAGAGCCUUUUAGGUGUUCCUAUUGCAUAUGAUAACAUCAGAGUUGUGGGUGAACUGGGAGAUAUUUAUGAUGAUCAAGGACACAUUCAUCUUAACAUUGAAGCAGAUUUUGUUAUUUUCUGCCCUGAACCAGGGCAGAAGUUAAUGGGCACAGUUAAUAAAGUGUCUUCUAGCCAUAUUGGCUGUUUAGUACAUGGAUGCUUUAAUGCCUCUAUCCCUAAACCUGAGCACAUGUCAUAUGAGGAGUGGCAAACAUUGGAGAUACAUGUAGGGGAUGAACUGGAAUUUGAUGUAUUUCGCUUAGAUUCAGAUUCUGCUGGAGUAUUCUGCAUUCGAGGAAAACUAAAUACCACAAGUUUACAACUUAAGAGCUCUGUAGUUUCUGAAGAUGUAGCGGAAACUGUCGUUGAAGAGGUGGUUGAAAAAAUUCCAAAGAAGAAAAAGAAGAAAAAAGACAAAGACACAGAAACAUGUGAAACAGUUGACAGUGGUGCAGCGGCAGCAGAUGUUACAGAUGUCACUCCAAAGGAAGAGACAGACGUACCGUGUAGUGAUAAUGUGAAUGACUUCUUUGAGGAAGAGCCAAAGAAGAAGAAAAAGAAGAAGAAAAGGCACCAGGAAGAGCAGGACCCCAUUUUCCAAGCCAGUGACUCCAGUGGCUACCAGAGUGACCAUAAGAAGAAGAAGAAGAAAAGGAAGCACAGUGAAGAGACUGGCUGAGACACCUAGGAAGGGACAGUGACAGUCUUUUCUGUUGUUAACAUAGUCGGGUACACAGAUGAAUAGAUAUCUUGAAUGGUAGGAAAUGCUAAUGGGACGUUCACAAACAAAUACUUGAUUGGUAGGGUUUUGUACUGAAAUCAUACAACUGACUUUAUACAUUUUGUAUAAUACUAGUAUUUUUAAAGUAUUAUUACAGUUCAGUGGAAAAUGUUAACAAAUGCUUUCACUCUUGACUCAUAUUGUUAAUGCUCUACAUAAAAUUUUAGAUUCUCAACAUAUGCCAAAGAACUUUAUAAUACUUUUUUUUCUGAUAAUAAAUUUUGUCUUUAGAACAUUUUUUCUAAAAGCUUAAUACAUUUACCAGGUUUAAAUUUUCCUUAAACAGUAUUUCUAUUUUAUUUAAAAUGUAUAGCUAAAAAAGAUGAUCUAGAACUCUUAUAUACCCUGUGGCUAACUGUUGAGUGUAUGGUAGGCAGAAAACUCAUUGUUCCCUCCCAGAGGGUGUGUGUGUGCAUGUGUUCUUGAAUUCUGAGACUGUAAAAACUAGGAAACUGCUAGUUUUUACUUUGUGUUUCAUUAGUCUUUAUUUCAUUUCAUUAUAUAUGGAUCAUGAGCAAGAUGAAGAAAGGAUAAAUAUGGUUCUUGCUAGUUGAAAAUCUCUACUAAGUUUUUAAUGAUUAGGGGUAGUCCCUAAAUUUGCUUUGAGGAGGAGCUCCACAAUCAUUGCUUUUAUUGAUAAAAAUGUGAAUGUUAGUCUAACCAGAAGGUGGCAAUGAGGAUAAGCUGGUUGAGACUCAUAAUCAGUCCAUAGCCAGGCAUUUACAGGCACUUAAUAUCUGUAAUGUAUUUUAUUGAGGCCAAAGGAUAGAAAGUCAAUCAAGAUAGUGUAGUUCCUUCCUUCAUGAAGCAACAUGGGAGAAACACUUGUGUGCACACAGCCUAAGUGAGGACAUAAAACAGUAUUUGUAGCAAAUACCAUGAAGAAAACAUUAACCACUCUUUAGUUAGUAUCUGGAAAUGUACAGGGGUAGGGUUGAACUUUCCAUGUCAGUCAUUGCUGUUGUUACUGACUGGCAGACAGUGUGAUCAUCAGCUUAAUGUUUGAUAAGGAGUGAAUUUCGGCAACCAUGUUUCUUGAUUUAAUCUAUGGUAUAUAGAGCAUCAGGAAUGGCAGCAAUUUAGUAUGUACAGGUAGAUAUAAUUGGCAGAGGAAAGGUAUAAACCAGCAUCUUGCACUCAGGAUACUUGAAAUAUUUAGGUGGCUUUCAGUGUCUUCUUAAAUCAUGACUAUUCCAAAUUGACAUGUGUUGUCUGUCAGUAUAAAAUAUGAGAUUUUAAAUUAAAGAUCUUAAAAAAAAUACAAAGACUACCCCAAUUCAGUUGUCUUUCCCUCCUCUUACCUCAUCCCUCCUGUUCCCGUACCUACCCACUCCUCCCUCCAGCCACCCUUGAUGUCUCUUAAAAAACUGGCUAUAGACCUAAACAGAAUUCUUGGCAGGAAUUUCUAAUGGAGGAGAAGCACUUAAAGAGAUGUUCAGCAUCCUUUGUCAUCAAGGAAUUGUAAAUCAAAACAACUCUGAAAUUCCAUCUUACACCAACCAAUCAAAAUGGCUGAGAUAAAAAACUCAAGCAACAGCUCAUGCCAACGAGGAUGUGGAUCCAGGGGACUCCAUUGCUGGUAGGAGUCCAAACUUGUUCAACUGCUUUGGAAGUUUCUCAGAAAACUGGGAAUAGAUCUACCUCAAGCCACAGCUCUGGGGCAUAUACCCAAAAGAACCUCUACUGUACCACAAAGACAUUUGCUCAGCUGUGUUCAUAGCAACUUUAUUCAUAAUAGCUACAAACUGGAAACAACCCAUAUACUUCCAUUGGAAGAAUACAUAAAGAAAGUAUAGUUCAUUUACACGAUGGAAUAGUACUCAGUUCUUAAAAACAAUGACACUAUGAAAUUUGCUGGCAAAUAGAACUAGAAAAGAUCAUCCUGAGUGAUGUAACCCGGACCCAGAAAGAUAAACAUGGUACGUACUCACUUGCAAGUGGAUUUUAGUCAUGAAGUACAGGAUAGCUGCUAUAAACCACAGACCCAAAGAAGCUAAGUAGCAAGGAGGGCCUGAGGGGAGAUUCUUGAAUCUCAUUAAGAAGGGGAAAUAGAAAAUUUAACUCUUUUUGCUUAACAUUUUUGCUAUGGUGAUUUAAGUAAAAUAUUAAUUUUA